AUGAUGCAUUUUGGAAUCGACAUGAUCGGCCGGUUUCGCAUAACUCUCGACCAGUUCCAGGAUGAAGGGAAUGUCUUUUGGGGCUUCCGACGCAACCAGCGACAUCAGUCCCUUCAGCCCAUGAACUAUGGUACUAUGGGCCAUUCUCCAUCAUCAAAGCUCGGAAAAUUUAUCCCAGGACGGUAUUCUCGCUCACAUGUGCUGCACCCCGUGGGCUAUCGCUCCAUGGGCGGGCGAAGCGCCUCAAAUAGCGUUGACUCACUUCACUCGGGAUCAAGGCCAGCAAUAAGCGAACAGAGACUGCGUCUGGAACAUGCGUUUCGACCGACUAGUGUCGCCAUCGACGAACUUCUUAGCAGUGGGCCCAGGCGCACUCUGGUCCUAAUAUGGAUCCCUGUCAUGUUGGUCCUCGUAUGGUGUGGGAUUCCCUUUCCUACAGACAUUGACAGUGAUGGCGGUGUUCACGACACUAGUUUCUUCUUCUUUCUUUUCUGGUACUUUGGAUGCUACGUGGCUGUGGCGCUCAUCUUCGUUACACAGCUCUUUACGCUCUAUCGACUGAAUUGGUGGCCGAAAAAAUUCGGCGCCAAGUGGUCCUACUUCUUUUUUUGGUUGAUGAGCCUAUUUUCGGGAUACCUUGUACACAAGUACAUGCCAAUUCACCCCCAGAAACACUCAGGUCCGGGAGAUGAUGGAGAGCGUGAAUGGCAACUCAAGACUGAAUGGGUACUACUAACAUUUGGAACAAUGGCUAUGCCGGCCUUUGCAUGUUUUAUUGGAUUACGUCGAAGUGGACGACAGCGGUAUCGUCUGACAGGCACAAAUAUUCAGCACUCACUUGCCCCGCAGGGGCACACCAGACUCAUCCCUUCGUCAUACCGUCGAUUUCUGUGGUUCAUGGUGUCGUUGGGUCUUUCUCUGGUGACUUUAUUGGCCGGCCAAUAUUAUGCAAUUGUGUACAUGAAAACGCUUCCUCACACCGGCAUCGACGGAACACUCUAUGUCGCCUUUUGGAUGCUCACUGUACACAUAUUAAGCGCAAUCGUGCAGUGGAUCAUGUCGGAGAAAGUUCGGAACCGACCACUACUUUUUGCUUUUAAGUACUUCUAUUUUAUGAUCUACUUCAUCUUUUAUCGGAACCUUUUUGCCAGGCUCCGGAGCUUUGACCAGUUUGCUCUAAUCCAACUUCUGAGCUCGACAUGGGUUUGCCUAUGGUAUCCUAUUUCAAUGUCGAGAUACUGGCUUAAGAUUCUGAAUUUAUUCAAUUCACGGCCCUUAUCGCAUGAGAAGCAUGUUGAAAAAAUCAGCUUGUAUUUUUACCUCCGAAAUAUUGCUCAGCAUACCACCAUGCUAGCCUUUCUCGGCUGGCUCUCUCUCCUGCAUUUCGGCAUCAAUCAGCCUCUGUAUCCAUUCUUUGCGUUUGAUGAUAAUGACCCCUACAACUACCGACUUACAAUGAUGGGCUCAUUGGCCAUAUGGGCUUCAGAAAUAUUGUCUAAUUCCCUCACCGCCUUAGUAAGUAUGCUCACACUGACCCCUGCUCUGUAA